UCUGGGCGUUUACCUCUCUCUUGAACAACAAAUCUGGAAGUAGGUGAUCCUGAAGUAGUACAGGGAUUCUAGCUGUCAUCAAGGUUCCAAAGUCUUGACUUUCUGCUUCCUCCGCAAGUGGCUUCUAACUGCAAGUUCACCUCAUGGUCCAAGGGGGCUGCAGGAGUGCCAGACAUCAUGUCUGCAUCAAUGAACAGACAUGGGGGAGAGUGCAGGGGCGGGGGUUUUCCCAGCCAGCUGGUCCUGCAGGAUGGAGCCUUCCCAGGAGCACAUCCCAAUCAUUUCCUCUCCUACCCCGUGAUCUCACUUUGCUGCAAGGCAGACAGAUGGCGCAUAGCUGAGACAGCCAAGAAGUUUCGGAAAUGCAAAAUGUGAAAGGGAUAUCUACUGACUUGCCAGGAUCAGCUGCAGACGGGACAAAGAUGAGCAGAGAAUUCGUCAGCCGUUGAGAGAGGAGAAGAAUCGCUCUGCACGCAGGCUCCAGUGUGGCCACUGCCAGUGGGGCUGGUCCUCAGCCCACGUGCACAUCCUCUUCCAGGCAUGCUUGGACGAGGACAGCCGCCUGGGGCUGGUGAAGAUGCGCAUCUGGGGCCAGCGGUGCCGGCUCUGCCCGCCGGGCACUGGGGGUGAUUGCCAGGUGAGCCUUCUGAACGUGCGGCUCUUUCUCAACAAGCUGGUCCCGGUCAUCCUGCAGAAGUGCUAUGGGGAGAGCCUCAGCUCUGACCAGUGCCCCGAGAUCUGCUUCGGGGAGCGCUGUGAGGCCUGCGAUCUGGGCGUCUGCUUCUUCCAGAAGCCCCCAGAUCCAGCCUGGGGGCCUGAGGUCAGGAGCACCCCCACCAUCAAGGGCAGGUACACCUUGUACGGAGAGGAUGGCGUGGCCACCCCCGCUGCCGGCAAGCAGCUGCUCACCCUCGGCAGUGGGCCCGUGGUCGACCGUGCCAGGGGCUACACCCCCAACUCCAUUACCAUCCCGCUGUCGGUGUCCGACUUCAUCAGGAACCCGAUUUCUGAGAGCAGCAACUUCUUCAGCCAAGAUGAUGACAUCGUCACCGUCCCCUUCUCCCUCGUGCAUGUGCAUAGGGACCAGGGGCACGUCGGCCCCAGCUCGGGCUACCCUCCAGCGGCCGACCCCCACGCACCACUUAUCAUCGCCAAGGGCUCCAUCUACUUGCCAACCAGGUCCACGGCCACGCCCAAGCGCAGAGGCCUCCUGGUAAACAUCAAAUGCCCCAUCUUCCAUGGCAGAGGCCUCCUUAUCAGCAGCAUCAAGCCCUUCCAGCUGAAAGGCUUCAUCUUCAAAGGCCGGGGCUCCAUCUCCAGCCCCACCGACCCUGAGAAGGGCCUGGGCUCAGUCCCCAGUGCUGCUGGAAACGACCCCCCACCGGUGUCCUAUAUCAUUGGCCUCACGGAUGAUGGGGAGGGCUCCGUCACCUUCCCCUCGUCUUUGGCAGACCUCAUCAGAGACAACUCCAUCCCCGGCGUUGACGGCUGCGUCACCUUCCCCUUCAUCUUUACGGAUGAAGACAAAGGCAAGAAUGCUCCUGCCAAUACCCCACAAGGCAAGGAGGAGGGUGGUGGUAACGGCCCUGUCCCUGCCGGCCAGGAUCCUCUCCCAGGCACCCAUGCCCGUAGACCUGUCACCAUCAGCGAGGGCUCCAUCAGCAUCCCCUUCUCCGUCUUCAACCUCAUAAGACACAAGGGCCCUGGCUCCAUCGCCAGUGGCCGCCGGAGCAGUGGCCUGGCCAUGCAUGGCUAUGACAAGAAGAUGAUGCAGCCGAGGGCCAGGCUCAGCGGGUCUGGCUCCGAUCCCGGCUGGGAGGAGGACUUCUGCUGGGAUGACGACUGCUGCGCGCCGCGUUUCGACCCCUAUGAAGAAGUGUGGAUCUGGGUGUCCAUGACUGUCUGUGUCCUCUGGAUCAUGUACCUGUACAAGUUCAGCCCCUGAUGGCCACCGCAAGCCUGACGCUGCCUGCCAGUGUCUCCCCGUGCCCCUCAGCCGCAGAGCAGCGGGACCCUCUGCCCCUGCCCGCAACCCCAGGGCCCCCAACCCACCCCUGCCCGCCCUCCCCGAGCUGAGCCUGGACCCACAGCCUUCUCCUGCACCCCUGCUUCUGUGUGUGUAGUCUCCUGAUGGGAGUUGUGGCUUCAUGGACGUCCACACCGUGAUUAUCUGCCAAGCUGCCCACCUGGGGUCCAGGCGUGUGUCUGUGUGAGUGUUAUGGUCCAAUAAAAUAAAAGUUAAAAGGAGAAAAACAA